AUGAAUCCCCUGCACCCCGACUGCGAGCAAGGUCCACAGGUCGGUAAGGAGCAGUUGGACAAAAUAAUGGACCUAAUCGAAAUUGGGAAAAAGGAAGGUGCCACCUUGGCUUACGGUGGAGAGAGAAUAGGCGAAAAGGGCUACUUUGUCCAACCGACGGUCUUCACUGAGGUCCAAGACGACAUGUGCAUAGCCGAAGAGGAGAUUUUCGGGCCAGUCAUGCAGAUUAUGAAAUUCAAGACAAUCGAAGAAGUUAUCGAGCGGUCUAACAACACCAAGUACGGUCUAGCUGCCACGGUCUUAACUAUAGAGACCUAG